AUGGCUGGUUCCAGAUUGGAUUCAUAUCGCAGACAAAACGUCACCACCAUUGGUCUAAUUUCCGAAGACGGAAUUGUUCUUAAAUCUCAAGAACAUGCACGUACAACAGAUGCAACAACGUGUUCGGCAAUAUGUUCACCAUGCAUAUCAUUAUGCAAUGCAGGAAAUACCGGAUCGUCGCACUAUUUAGACGAGCCCCCUUAUUUUGGUUCUCUUAGACAUGUUUCGGGAAACGCAAUCAUACCAUAUGGCCGUAUUAUUAAUGUUACACAAGCUGCUGGCAAUCCGUUGGACCCAUUUAUUGAUUCCGUAAACCAGACAAUCUCAGAAGAGGAGCAACAGACAUUAAUACAUUCUUCCGGGUCUAUUUCAAUCACGUACAUAGCGCAAAAGAAUGGGAUUUUUGUCCCCGAGACCAUACCCGUACGAAUCGACGAGUCCAUCCCAACGCCAACGGCAGCAGCAGCAGGAGGUGCAAGCACAUUCUUAGAUACAGAAGAAGAAGAUUGCACCCCGACGUCAUCUUCAAAUUCACAACAAGAUAAGACUCCCCUAAUUAAUGCUAUCUUGAAAAGAAGUUAUCAGAAUGCUAAGAUGUAUAGACGCAUACUAGUGAUUGUCAAUCCCCAUGGUGGCAAAGGUAACGCGAAAAAAAUAUAUUUAUCUAAAUGUGAGCCGAUCUUGAAGGCAAGUACAGCAACCGUCGACAUUGCAUACACAAAAUACGCAGGUCAUGCAAUCGAUAUAGCGCGUGAGGUGGAUUUAUCGAAAUACGAUACCAUUGCUUGUGCCUCGGGUGACGGUAUUCCAUAUGAAGUGAUCAAUGGCCUCAACCAGAGAUCCGAUCGUGUUGACGCCUUUAAUAAACUGGCAGUGACACAAAUACCUUGUGGUUCCGGUAACGCAAUGAGUGUGUCGUGCCAUUGGACAACGGAUCCAUCGUUGGCUACACUAUGUGUAUUGAAAGGUAACGAAGCACGUAUAGAUCUAAUGGCAUGUUCACAGAUAUCGUAUGCGGACAUUUCGCCAAAAUUGUCGUUUCUAAGUCAAACGUACGGUGUGAUUGCUGAAUCAGACAUCAAUACAGAAUUCAUUAGAUGGAUGGGUCCUUCCAGAUUCGAUAUCGGUGUGGCAUUCAACGUCUUCCAGAGAAAGAAGUAUCCGUGUGAAAUUUACGUGAAAUAUGCUGCAGAAGAUAAAGAGUCCGUUAGAGUUCAUUUCGAACAAAAUAAAGACAGCACUGCCCUAGUCUUCGAGGAGACGACAUGCCAACUGUCUUCGUCGUCAACCUCGUUGCAAACGAAAGCUAACUCGAUUCCGAAGACUCUAACAGACGAAGAUUUCGAAUUAAAAUACCCUUUGAACAAAGGUGUUCCGACCGAUUGGAUCAAAAUAGACGAGGAUUUUACAAACAAUAUAGGUAUUUUCUACACAGGUAAAAUGCCAUAUAUUGCUCCCGCCACGAACUUCUUUCCCGCUGCAUUGCCUUCAGAUGGUGCAAUCGACUUGAUUAUGACAGAUGCAAGAACUCCCGUCUCUAAAACGGCAUCCAUUUUGCUGUCGCUAGAUAAAGGAGCACACGUAUUAGAUGAAAAUGUUGUGCAUACAAAGAUCCUUGCCUAUAAAAUUAUUCCGAAACUCAAUGGAAGUUUGUUUUCCGUUGAUGGUGAAAAAUUCCCAUUAGAACCUCUGCAAGUGGAAGUAAUGCCACAAUUAUGUAAGACAAUAUUAAGGAAUGGUAGAUUUGUGGAUUCGAAAUUCCUAUCCUAA